UGAAGGUGCUUAGGAAAACCAUGCUCUGUCCCAGACUCAUCUGUACGCUUUUUCUAGUUGUGUUGGUCAAUGCUGCAGAACAGAGUGCUUCUGACAAAAGUCCCGGUUGUGUUUGUGGUCACCCCGGCAUUCCUGGAGACCCGGGACACAAUGGAAUGCCAGGUCGUGAUGGCAGAGAUGGGGCCAGAGGUGACAAAGGAGAUAGAGGAACAUGCGGUGAUGUUGGUAAACCGGGGCUGAAAGGAGAUAAAGGAGAUUCUGGUAUUGCAGGCAUAACUGGUCCAAAGGGCAAACGUGGAGAUACUGGGGAACGGGGCCCACCUGGCAAAAUGGGACCCCAAGGCUUUGCAGGGCCACUGGGAUUAAAAGGUCAGAAGGGAGAACUUGGUAUUCCAGGACCACAAGGCAUAAAAGGAGAUGUCGGUCCAGUAGGCCCUGAAGGACCACAAGGAGACAUCGGCAAUAAAGGAGACAAGGGCAUACAGGGUCCAUUGGGGCCUCCCGGACGACCAGGCCCAAAAGGUGAGAUCGGACAACCAGGUAAUAAAGGCAGCAUUGGUGUUCGUGGUGAAAGGGGGUCAAAAGGAGACAUGGGAGAGCAAGGUCCAAAGGGGGACAUGCCAGAGAUACCAAAAAGUGCCUUCUCAGCCAGAUUAAGCGACAGCACCAAAUUACCAGCCGCUAAUGCUCCAAUUCGAUUUGAUAGAGUCCUCUAUAACAGUCAAGGUCACUAUGAUCCUGAAACGGGACGCUUCACGUGUGCCAUCAGGGGAGCGUAUUUUUUCACCUACCAUAUCACUGUCUUCUCUCGCAACGUGAAAGUGGUGCUGAUGAAGAACGGUCAGCGAGUCAUCUACACUAUGGACAGCUACCAAGGUGGUGAGGACCAGGCUUCUGGUGGGACCGUCCUGGAACUGGAAGUAGGCGACAAAGUGUGGUUGCAAGUGGCUGAUAGACAGCUAUACAAUGGGUUGUAUGCAGACGAUGAUGAUGAUACAGUUUUUUCUGGAUUUCUUCUUUUCGCAAGCUAAAGAUCCUGCCUGAAGUCGUGCAAAUAACAGGAAGAAAAUGGAUAACACUUUACAAUAACAGUACAUGAGUAAUGAUGUACUAAUAUGCAAUCUAAGAAACAGAAAUGUGCGCACAUCUAGGAUUCUCAAAGGCAUGUGCUCAAUCAAAAACACAGUGUGUACUGAUUUUCUUCAGAUCUUUAGCCACUUUGUUAAUAUGCAAAAUAAAAAAUAUUAUGAAAUAAUGAUGCGUUAAUGUAUGCGCGAAUCAUGAACUAACUUUUAACUUUUGUUUUUAAGUAAUGUAUUAAUUAACAUUAAAGUUUAAGCUAAAUGUAUGAACUCAUGAGCUGUUAAUGUAUAAUUAUGUCAUGACAUUACUUAAAGGGCACAUCAUCAUUAACUCAUUCUUAACUAUUGUUAUUUAUAGGGUUGUCACGAUACUGGAAUUCGAUACCAAUUGGUACUUUUAUUUUUCAAUCGUCAAUUUCCUGUGAACAUUUGAGCGCAUUCUUAAACAGUGCUGAAUUGCCAUUAGGCAUGGGCUGGUAUAAGAUUAUAAGGGUAUGAUAUCCUUGGAUAAAAUAAUGAUGGUUUCACGGUAUCACGGUGUUGUGAUUACUGCUCUAAUAUAUAUUCUUUUUAAAUGUCUGGGUACUAAACAAAACAAAAAAAUCCUCUUUGAAAACAAUAUAUUUUAUUUUUAAAAGAUUUAUAAUAUUUUGGAGCAGUAAACAUGACAGGCUAAAUAAUACAAAUGAAUUAGUGACUUCUGCUGUCUUCAUUAGUUUCAAAAACACAGAUUUCUUUACAAUUUAAAACAGCAUCUUCGGAUAUAUUUUCUGCUGGAGAUACUGUUGGACUAAAAAAAACUUUUACACAUACCUUAGGAAUGGUAUUAGAGAAAAUCUUGGUUGUUUUAAAACCCUAACUUUUCCAGACCGGGGUAUACCUUGAAAACGGUUAUCGUCCCAUGCGUAUUUGCCAUUGUAUUCACGUGCUCAACAGAAAUGACUGUGAUUGGCCGCGAAGAUCAUCAGUUCUCUGAACUCACCACUGUUUACUGAGUUUAACCACUGGAACAGGGACACUGCAGCGUUUUAAAUGUCGAUCAGCUGGUUUGUGUAUAAGUUGACAAACGAGUGAUCUGCUGAUAAAUCGCGGCUUUAAAACACUCCAGUGUCCCUGUAUCUGUGAUUACACUCAGUAAACAGUGGUAGGUUUAGUGAACUGAUGACCUUCAAGCCCAAUCACAGUGUUUUUUGUUGAGCAUGGCUGAAAAUGGAUAUUUUAAAAUUUCGUUACCGAUUGGUAUCAACUUCCAGUAUAGUGACAGCCCUAGUUAUUUAGUAUAAACGCACUAGUUGGACAUGCAUAAAGAGUUCAUGAGUAGUUAAUAAUGGGUUAAUGAUGAUGUGCCCCUCCAAGUAAAGUCAUGACAUCAAUCUACAUUAUCAUAUCAUGAGUUCAUGAUGGUUAAAUUAAGCAUAAACUAAGGUGGUAAUCAAUACAUUAAUUAACAAACAAGCAUGUAAAGUAGCCGUUAUUCACGCAAAAACUUUUGUGACUCAUGUUGUUGUUAAAGUUAGUUCAUGAUUAGCGCACGUAUUAACUUAUCAUUAGUUUAUGAUAAAGUCUUCAGUUUACAUAUUAAUACAUCAUUAUUCAUGUACCAUUAUUGUAAAGUGUUACCAGAAAAUGUUCAAAAUCAAGAACAAAGCAUAAAUUUAGAGUUGUAAUGAAAAAUAAAUGAAAUCUUCUGUUGUAAA